AUGUCCACAGAGAAUCAAAACAUUCCACCAAAUACCGAGACUCCUGGAGCCACCAAAGGCGCCGCCGCCGCACCGACCUCGUCUCUGCUGACGCCAAACGCGACUCCGGAGGUCGAAGAUGAUGUAGACAAAGCCACGACUCCCCAAAGCGACGCCGCCGCCACACAUCGUAGAGAAGUUUCGGCCGAGAUCCAGCGUAUCCUUGGAUGCGCCGAUGAUUCCUAUGCAGAAAUCAUGGGGGUCAAGACGGACGCCACCGCCAAGGAGAAAGAGGCCGCCUGGAGACGCUUGGGGUGCCUGUUGCACGAAAAGUCUACUAACGAGAAGGAUGCUGAGAAGGCUUUCAACAUGGCUGCAAAGAGUCCGGAGAUAGACGAGUUCGAUAUUGAGGAGAUGCUCGACUGGGACGGCAAGGAGCCGCUUCCAGAUCUUGAAGAGGAUUCGAUGGACGUUGAUCCCAUUCCCGUUCCACCGCAAACUGUGAGGGAUAUUUUCGACAAGGCAACACCUUCACUUGAUCGUCUGAAAGAGAAUUCUGAUGAUCCGGCCGCGCUGAAGGAGAUAGCAACAUUCAACAUGCUGAUCUCUGAAUUCGCCUUAGCCCAGAAGGAAGUUUUAGGCGAUGAUGCUUCUGAUGUGUCCUCGGACACCUGGAGCAUCUCCGUACCGUUCUUUGGCCCUCAUUACAGACUGGUCCGGGACAAUUACCAGAUUCUUGUCAACGAAAGAACGAACAAAUCCGCCAGACGUGCCAUUGCCAAGACAAAGAGGCUGAUUGACGAAUAUAUUGAAUGGCAUCACUUUCCGCAGAACUGGACAGUCGAGACGGCAGAUACAUAUUUAGAAAGACAGGACAAGGGAGGUAAGGAGGCCGAAGGCGCCAGGCUUCCUGGAAGCCUGGCGGCUAUACGCUACCCGUGGACCACAGCCCCGGCGGCCGACGGCUCCCUCAUCAUAGGGGUGCGGAAACAAGGGCGAUUCGGGAACCAGAUCCUUACCGUCAGCAGCUUCAGCAAGGUCCUCGGUCGUUCGAGUGCGAGGGCCGAGAUCGAGAAGGUCUGUCGGAGAGACGACAUCGCCCCGCCUUGGGACGCCGGUUACAUCAGCGAGUACCAUGACCCCUCGAGGCUGGAAAAGAACCCCGUUCAUCGCAGAGCCCUGCAGAAGGCUCAGGCAGAGUCGUCCGCCAAAAAGCGUUUGGACGAGCGAAAGCAAGACCUGGAUGAGGCGGCAGGCAAGACUGACCGUACGCCGAAGGAGCUGGACGACAGAGUCGGACUUCUCGAAGUCAGCAUGACAGAGAUGAAAACCUUGCUGUUGGUCUUACAAGAGAACAUGAAUAUACUGGUGGCAUCGAUCCAAGCGCCUGUGCAGCCAAAGUAG